CCUGAAAGCCUGUUUCCCAGUUGGCAGAUCCGACCCGAACUUUCGAAACCAGUCCAGGCUUUUACCCAGCCUUCCUCAGAAUCCGAAUGGCUGAAGUGCAUGGAUGACUCUUCUGCCGUUUCUCUACCCAACACAGCUUCAGGCCCAACACCCAUUCCUAUUGCCUCCUCAUCAGGGCCUCCUUCGACCCUGACUCCUAUGAAUUUCCUUUCCUCCCCAAUCAUGCCGGUUUUCGCCUCGGCCGGUUGCCUAAUCGGCCAGACAGGGAACCUGCUCGCUGUGUGGGUCCAAACACUAUCUGUAGAAGCACCUUUGCAAGCCAGUUUACCUGAGUUCGAUGCUGACCACGAUCUUCUUAUUUUUGUCAAAUUCUAUCAGCCUCCCUCUUUUUUACAAAAUCGUUCGUUUGCUGAGCUCGAAGUGGAUGAUGAACACAGUGAAUUAAUCGGUAGCCACAGUCUUUGUUCAUCUUCUUCGCCUCCUCCACCAGGCAUCUUGAUGACAACUGCAUCUAUUGGCAGCCUCUCCUACCUUGGUUGGUUCACUAUCCGUCUGCACACACCUUUGGCAGCUAUUAUACCUGACCUUCGAAGGCGGGCCCAACUGCCUGAAACUGCCCAACUUCGUCUCUUCGAAGAGGUUCGGCCAGGAGAUGUUCGUUUGAUCCCUGAACCGCGUCUACCCGUAGAGAAAUGCGUCUCUUAUCUUUCUGAUGGAAAUAUUCUCGUAUACGAAGUAGUUCCUAUUAUUCGGUUCGAAGCUUCUCCCUUUUCUUCACUUAUUACUAAUGUGGCAAAUGGUAGCGGUGAUGACAGUGGACGUUCGGUCAUGACGAGUCCAGAUGAGCCUGAGGAGAUUGACAGCCGGGAGACCAGUAGGGAAGAUAGUUCUCACAUCUUCCCUGUGGGAAAAACCGUCGAUAAGCCCGGAGCCUUGCUGCAUUCUUGCUUUCGUGCUUCCACGUGUCUCUUGGCUGGCAAGCAUAUCAAUAGCAGUGGCAGCAGCACUAGCAGUAGUGGGGGCAGUAGCAGUUGCAGCAAUAGUCGGCAUAUCACCAAAUCUGAUUCAACAAGCACUAAUAGUGAGGGCAGUAGCAGUACUCCUAGUCGCAGAGAAAGAUCCAUUGGCUCCGUCGGUGUGGCUGGAAAUGAUGGCCUUAUAGCUGGCAGAGUGAUCACUCACUUAGAGAACAAUAAAAAUUCUUCUGUAAAGUCAGAUCAGCCAGUGGAGAACAUUUCUAGAGCUGAACUAAUACCAGAUUCAUUGGAAGGCCGGAUCUCCUUACUAGUGGCGGGGGGCGGGAUAGAAGGAAGAAAACUAACUGAAAAUGGGACCCUUAUCGGUUGCGUCAAAGCUUGUCCACAUUCUGUUGUUUCCGACGCUUCUGUGGACGGCGAAGAUGCCGAUGAGGAUGAUGACCAUAAUAUUUGCGAAAAGAGCGUGCUGCCGGUUGACGAGGAUGAAGAAGAUGAAGAUAAUGCCACAAAUGCUGAUGCUGGCGAUGAACUCGGCAGCAAUUGUGGUGGCGUAGCUGGGCCCGGCAGCCAGCAUCUCUCAUCACCAGAUACCUCUGCCUCUAGUGAAGAGGAUUUGACAGUCUCUUCUCAAGCAAGACUUUUGGUUGAAGACCCACUGGCUUCACAGCCAGGUUCUCCGAUCAUCCGUUCCACAGCUGCAAUUACCAUCAAUCGAAAUCCUAGUAAUCGUCAUUAUCAGCAACAGCAACCUAUCUUGCUUGCCUCUAACAGAUUAAGGAUAUUCAAACGUAGAUUAGACUCAUUUAGACGACUUCGACCUCGGCUUCGGCGGCAGCCAAUGAGAAGAAAAGAUGAAAUCUGUUUGGCAGUAGUCUCAGAAGGUGCAGGCAGGUUGGCUCAAAUUCUAUCUCUUCAUCCUCAUCGAAAUUGUGGUAAGAAUACUCUCGGAUCGGCUGGCUUCAAGCAUAAGUGGGCUAGGGGUCGAUGGCCCCUGGCUAGGCGAUUAAUCGCAUUGUCUCGUCAUCGCACUCGAUUACGGCCAGUCCGAUGCAUUUCAAAGCAACCGAAGAUUAAACAAUCUCGACAGCAGCAGUAUGCUCUGCGAGCCCGCCUUCGAUCUUUUCCUUCAUUUGGCCUAUUCUGGCGCCGACGCCUUCAAGAAGCCAAAAGAAUUGCAAACAAAUCUAGAUUGUCUGCUCACUAUCGUCGGCCUAGCACAAUACCCGGCCACCCACACCAUCUAGAUAAUCAGCAAAAUCAACGUCUGUGUUGUCGUCGAUAUCCUUCAAUAACAUCCCCUCAGCUGCAGCAUCGAAUGAGUCGUCGUCGUCAGGCCAGCUGGCCUGUAUGUCGUCUAGCUAACCCGGUUAUUGAAGCUACUAGCCUACUAUCUGACCAAGCCCAAAUAGUGGCUCCGCAACAGCAGUCUCUAAUGCUGACGUUGCCUAUUUCUUUGCCUACAUCUUCUCCUCACCGUCCAUCCUCUGCUUCGCCUUCAUUCCGAGCUCCAUCAUUAUCUUCACCAACAUUAUCUGCGCCGCUUUCUUCCUUCUUAACUUUUGGUCAACUCCGUCCCAACGCGUCUCCAGACCGUGUGCAAAUCUGCGUAAGUCAUCAGGGGAAUGAUUUCCUCACUCGAAUCAUCUGGUCCAUCUAG